AGGUCAGCUCGAAACAUGGAGAAAGGAGCACGGCGGCAAAAAGGACAGGAGGAGGAAGGAGGCGGCUCAAUGGAGAGGCCGUGGGGGGAGGCUGAGGUGUUGGCUCUGGUUUCGGUGUGGGACGAGGUGGUGGCUCAGCACGGGGCUCAGAGCACAGUCACAUUCCAGCUCAUCUCAGAACGUCUGAGGCGGCUCAGUGUGGUGCGUAGCUGGAGGGACUGCAAGGCUCAGUGCAGAAGCAUGAGACUGGCCAGUAGGAGGCCCCAAGCGGGCAUCCUGGCAGGCACCGGGGUGGAUGGUGGGCUGGAGGAGGGGGCAGCUCAUCAAAGAGAAAUCUCCUCGGCUCAAAUGCAGGAAGGAGUAAAGACACCAGCCAGCGGAGCAGAGGAAAAUGGCCGCCACUGGACAGACGACGAGGUGCGUGCCCUGUUGUGGGUCUGGGCAGACCCCCACGUCCGAGAGCGCCUCAAGAGCACGCUCCGAAACAAAUAUAUCUUCAAAGAGAUGUCUCGCAAGAUGCAGCGGACGUACGGUGUGGUACGCAACUGGGAGCAGUGUCGGACCAAGUACAAGAACCUCAAGUACGACUACAAGAUGGCUAAGACCGCACAUGAGGCCAGGGGCAGCUGUAGCCUGGGGAAGUGCAUGAGGUUUUAUGACGAGGUGGAGGCCAUUCUGAUGGACCGUUGCCCGGAGGACACGUCUCUGGAGAUGAAGGGGAGGUUGUAUGAUGGCAAGAAGACAGAAAAGUCAGAAAAUGAGGUUGCCAUAGAGAUUGACGAUGAUGACAGUAGCAACGAUAAUGAUGGAGAUGGUGACAAGGAUCCAAAAUGGAAAGGACAAGAUCAACAUCCAUCCCGCGGUGACCAGUUCCACGGGGUCACCAUGUCCGACACAGGUCGGAACUGGAGCGACCAGGAGGUGCGAGCGUUGAUCAGAGUCUGGUCUGAUGACCGGGUGCAACUCCAACUGGAGAGCUCAACCAGAAAGAGGGACAUCUUUGUGCAGAUCUCCAACAAGCUGAUGCAGCAGGGCAUAGAGCGCGACUGGAAGCAGUGCCACACUAAGUACAAGAACCUCAAGUACCUGUACCGCUCCCUACACAAGGGCAAGGUCGAUGAGGGCGAUCCGAGGCGCCUCAUGAAGUUCUAUGAUGAGGUGGACGCCAUUAUGAAUCGUAGGGCUAGGCGCUCACCUACAGACCCAGACCGCCACAUGGACUUAGGUCCACUUUCUAUGCUGGAAAAUCAUCCUGAGGACAUUUAUUCAUCCAAGGCCGAUAUUACGGCCGCCCUGGAGGGAACAUGCAGCUCUGAUUCGGCUUCACCAAUAAGCCUCACGGCAAUGCAAAAAGAAGAACAAGGGGUGAAAGGAGAAAGUAGUCCCCACUUGGACCAAGAGCACCAACCAACAGGCUCCUCUGAAGCGCACAGGGACACCUUGUCCACCAAGAGAGGGAGGAAGAGAAAGGCUGAGGAUGAAGACGACACUUUCCUGACAACAAUGAAACAAACAGACUGUGACAACAUGACAGUUAAAGAAGAGCAGAAUCACAUCGCUAUAAUAGAAGUCCAUUCAGUCUGCUCCAUGGCCUCACAAGAUACUCAGGCGCGACCAAUGCGCUCGUCUGAUUGGUCGUCUGAGUCAGUUGAAGGCUGUGAUUGGCUGCUUCAGCACGUAAGAAACGCGCUACUUCCGGCUUCUCCUCUCUGCACGCCUCCUGCCCGCAGCCUGUCUUUUACAACUUCACAAAGUUGUGCGACUCUUCAGUACUUUGUGCUAUUGUGUCCUUUUAGUUCCACGGCUUGCCGAAGAGAACCAUGGCUCUCACGCAAGUUGAGCAUCGGCCAGAAGCUGAACGAGGGAAAGACCAAGCAGAUCUUUGAGCUCCUGGAUCAGCCCGGACGGGUCCUGGUGCAGUCCAAGGACCAGAUCACGGCCGGGAAUGCCGCUAGAAAAGACCAGAUGGAGGGCAAAGCGGCCAUCGCUAACAAAACGACGAGCUGCGUGUUUAAGUUGCUGCAGGAAUCUGGCAUCAAGACAGCCUUUGUGAAGCAGCACUCGGACACGGCGUUCAUUGCAGCCCACUGUGAGAUGAUCCCCAUCGAGUGGGUGUGUCGGAGGGUAGCCACCGGGUCUUUCCUGAAGAGGAACCCGGGUGUUAAGGAGGGUUACCGCUUCUCGCCCCUCAAGAUGGAGAUGUUCUUCAAAGACGACGCCAACAACGACCCCCAGUGGUCAGAGGAGCAACUUCUGGAGGCCAAAUUCUGCCUGGCCGGCCUCACCAUCGGCCAGUGUGAGGUGGACGUGAUGAACCGCAGCACGGUGGCCAUCUUUGAGAUCCUGGAGAAGGCGUGGGCCACUCAGAACUGCACGCUGGUGGACAUGAAGAUUGAGUUUGGUGUGAACGUGAAGACUCAGGAGAUCGUUCUGGCUGAUGUGAUCGACAAUGAUUCAUGGAGGCUGUGGCCCGCUGGAGACAGAAGCCAACAAAAAGAUAAACAGGUGUACAGAGACCUCAAAGAGGUCACCCCCGAAGCAAUGCAGAUGGUCAAGAGGAACUUUGAGUGGGUUUCCGAAAGGGUCAAGCUGCUGCUGGAGUCCCAGGCCGGGGGUAGAGUGGUGGUCCUGAUGGGCUCCACCUCAGACAUGGCCCACUGCGAGAAGAUCAAGAAGGCGUGUUUCUCCUACGGCAUUCCCUGUGUGCUUAGAGUCACCUCGGCUCACAAAGGCCCAGAUGAGACUCUGCGCAUUAAAGCGGAAUAUGAAGGAGAUGGCAUUCCUACUGUGUUUGUGGCGGUGGCCGGUAGAAGCAACGGCCUCGGGCCUGUGAUGUCUGGAAACACGGCUUAUCCUGUCAUUAACUGCCCACCUCUAACACCCGACUGGGGAGCCCAGGAUGUUUGGUCCUCCCUCCGCAUGCCGAGCGGUCUGGGCUGUUCCACCAUCCUCUCUCCUGAGGCGGCAGCUCGGUUUGCGGCUCAGGUCUUCGGACUGACUGACCACUUGGUGUGGUGCAAGCUGAGGGCCUCCAUGCUCAACACCUGGGUGGCCCUCAAGAUUGCAGAUAAGAAGCUGCAGGCCUGCAGCCUCUGAGCUGACCACAUCCUCACUGGCCUGCUUGUACUCGACAUAACCCUGUUUUUUUUUUUUUAGGAGUCUGAUUAACAUCAGUCUGUACUUGCUUCACAAACUCUCCUAAUCAUUCCAUUGAAAUCAAUUUGAUAAACUUUGUAACAAAUGUGGUCUGCCUUAUUUUUCAUACAUUCAUCACUCAAAAAUAUCACAGCCUUGUCUGUGCACUGAUUAUGAAUUUAUUAACUCAAUAAAGUAUAAAAUCUG